AUGGACUUGAAAAACCUCUCCAGCAAUUGGAAGAAACUCCAGGGGACGCUGAAAAAGGAAAGCGUCUCCGCCACGAAACGGAAACCUUCAGACCGCGAGACGGAGAAUGGUGUGGUAAAGAAACGGAAAAGAGAAACUGUCGACGGACAACAAAAACCUGAGCGCAAACCGGUCUCAACCAAGAGAAAGAAGAUGUCUACGAACGGUACUGAUGGCGGCGAGAAUGGCACCGAGGAGCCUACAAAGAAGUCGAUCUCUCGGAGGAAUUCUACGGCCGCUGUUGCGGAAUCAAAGCCGAAGAUUAAUGAAGGCCGUUCACCUACCGCGGAGCUAGGAAAAUAUGUUGCGAUGGAUUGCGAAAUGGUGGGCGUUGGCCCCAAUCCAGAUCACGACUCCGCUCUCGCGCGAGUCAGUAUUGUCAACUUCAACGGCGAACAAAUAUACGACUCUUACGUGAGACCCAAGGAAAUGGUUACAGACUGGCGGACGCAUGUCAGCGGCAUCCUUCCGAAGCAUAUGGUGGAGGCACGAACACUCGAGCAGGUGCAGAAAGACGUUAUCAAUAUCCUCGAUGGGCGAAUACUCGUGGGACAUGCGGUCAGCAACGACUUGGACGCUCUUCUUCUCAGCCACCCUAAGCGCGACAUCAGAGACACCAGCAAACAUCCCCCGUACAGAAAGAUUGCUGGCGGCGGCUCCCCUAGGCUGAAGAUGUUGGCUUCGGAGUUUCUUGGGCUAGAAAUCCAGGAUGGCGCUCAUUCUAGUGUGGAGGAUGCUAGGGCUACAAUGCUUCUGUACCGGCGGGACAAGGACACAUUCGAGCGGGAACAUCUCAAGAAGUGGCCUGUGCGAGUAGUUGUCGAAAAGAAAGACCAAGACGAUGAUCAAAAGAAAAAGAAGAAGAAGAAGAAGAAGACCCGUAAGAGGUGA